UUCUUCCCGGCUUCCCCGCAGCCCCCCAGGGUAGCUGCACGUGACAAGCCUGGGACUACGGCAGGUUCCCACGUGAUCCUGGCCUGCAGUAGCGUGGCUGCAGUGAGGUUUCUGCGCUCCUGCAGGGCGGCGCGGAAGUAAAGGCGGCCUCAGGCAGAUUCUUACUGGCGGCGAGGUCGGGAAGAGCCACCAGGCGGUGACCGCUUUGCUUCUGCAGCUCGGGUCAGCUCAUUCCAUUACCCCAGCCUUCGCGGGCUGCACGGAGGAGGGCCAAGUUAUCUUUGGAGCGAGGCCCAAACUAGGGACCAACUCCUCAUCCACCCUGCCCUCCCCUGCAUCUCUUCCUUUGCACGCACCGAAUCGCCCGUUCCUUUGGGCUGGCCUGCUUGGCCGUGCCUGGAGACUAAGUUCGGGUCGGUAAAGGUAACUGUGGGAAAAGCGGCCCCCCAGUGGACAAAGGCGGAGGCAGGGAUAGAGCAGGCCCUGAGGGCCGCGGGCGGUGUGCAUAGGCAGUUGAGGUGAGCCAGAAGAAAAGAGUACUGCGGAUUUAGAGGGCACUGUGAAGAACUUGUUGCGCGAUGGAAGAAUCUGACUCCGAGAAAAAGACGGAGAAAGAGAAUCUGGGCCCCAGAGUGGAGCCUCCACUCGGGGAACCGGAAGGAUCGCUUGGGUGGGCAAUGCCAAAUGCAGCCAUGAAGAAAAAGGUGCUGUUGAUGGGUAAAAGUGGAUCUGGUAAGACCAGCAUGAGGUCUAUUAUCUUUGCAAAUUAUAUUGCCAGAGACACACGUCGCCUUGGUGCAACAAUACUAGACCGUAUACAUAGUCUUCAGAUUAAUAGCAGUUUGAGCACCUACUCUCUCGUAGACUCUGUUGGAAAUACAAAGACAUUUGAUGUAGAACAUUCUCAUGUUCGAUUUCUGGGAAACCUGGUUUUGAACCUGUGGGAUUGUGGUGGACAAGACACCUUCAUGGAAAAUUAUUUCACUAGCCAGCGUGACAACAUCUUUCGAAAUGUUGAGGUUCUGAUUUAUGUCUUUGAUGUGGAGAGCCGCGAACUUGAGAAGGACAUGCACUACUAUCAAUCAUGUCUUGAGGCCAUUCUGCAGAAUUCUCCAGAAGCCAAAAUCUUCUGCUUGGUACACAAAAUGGAUUUGGUUCAGGAGGAUCAACGAGACUUGAUUUUUAAAGAACGAGAAGAAGAUUUAAGGCGUUUAUCUCGUCCAUUAGAAUGUUCUUGUUUCCGAACAUCUAUCUGGGAUGAAACUCUGUAUAAGGCUUGGUCCAGCAUUGUUUAUCAGCUGAUUCCAAAUGUUCAACAACUGGAAAUGAACCUAAGGAAUUUUGCUGAAAUUAUUGAAGCUGAUGAAGUGCUUCUGUUUGAGAGAGCUACCUUUCUGGUCAUUUCUCAUUAUCAGUGUAAAGAACAGCGUGAUGCCCACAGAUUUGAAAAAAUCAGCAACAUUAUUAAGCAGUUCAAACUGAGCUGUAGCAAGCUGGCUGCCUCUUUCCAGAGUAUGGAAGUGAGGAACUCUAACUUUGCUGCUUUCAUUGACAUAUUCACAUCCAACACUUACGUCAUGGUCGUGAUGUCUGAUCCAUCUAUUCGUAAGUUUAAACUUGGCUGACAUAGUUUCAAAGUCUCAUAAUUUUUAAGCAAAGGCUGAGGAGGUAGUACUUUAUUAGAUAAUUUAAAUUUAUUUUAUAAUGAAGGUGAUUGUAUAAUGACGUGAAUGUACUUACUCUAAAUGAACUCUACACUUAAAAUGGUAAGC